UCAGGGGGCGUGUCGGUGCGCGCGGACAGGCAGCGGUCGGACUUUAAAAUGGCGGAAAAAUAAACGAAGAAAAAAAAGUAAAAAACAAAACAAAAAACCGUGGACACGGAGGGAAACCCCGCUGCUGUCCGGGACGGGCCGAACCGGGCGACAGGUUUCCAUGAACUGCACCAGGGUCCUCCAUGUCCUGAACCCUCGCCCCGGGGGCCCAUCUCCCAUCAUGCCCAUCGACGUGGCCGUGAGGAUCUGCCUGGCCAGCUCACCUCCUCUGCGCUCCUUCCUCGGGAACUGCAACAAGCGCUCCUCAUCCUCAGCCACUCUGCUGCCCCACUGCCGGCCACUGCGACCCUGCCUUUCUUCCGCGAUGGCGACGGCACCAUCAGCGGGCGCAGAAAGCAGCAGCAGCAGCAGCCUGGGGAUGUUGAGGAGGAAGAAGAGGAAGACCGUGGUGUUUGCUGACUCGCGGGGUUUGGCACUCGCCACUGUCCACGUCUACAACGAGUGCGAAGAUGAGGCGCUCAGCGAGCUGCUGACCGAGAUCGAGGGUGCUGCCGCCGGACUGCACCUGGCAGACAUCAAAGAUUCAGCAGAUUGUGGUUCUUGCCUGGUUCUGGCCUUCACCCAGCCAGCCGCAGACUACUUAGACCUAAGGAGUCGGCUCAAAGCCCAACAGGUGUGCCUGGAGACCUGUUCAGUCCAGGCACACCUGCUCUCGGGUACCGUCCAGGUCCGAAACAUCUGCUUUGAGAAGUCUGUCUGGGUGCGGAUCACCUUUGACUCGUGGUGCUCCUUCCAGGACGUUCGCUGUCAGUACCUGAACAACGUGUACGGUUGCCCAGACACUGACACCUUCUCAUUCUCCAUCGCACUCCCGGAGCUCCUCAAGCCCUCUGGAAAAGUGGAGUUCUGCAUCCGGUACCAGACUCAGGACCAGACCUUCUGGGACAACAACCUUGGGAACAACUACCGGCUGGCAACGGCCGAUCGAAACAGUCGGAGCACGGCCGUUGAGAGUCCAGCUGGAGUGCCGUUCCAGAGGGACUGCAGCGGAGACAAGAGAGAUGAUAUCCAUUCGGACUUUGAUCCAUUUGGAAGCCCUCGGACAUCAGCGGGAAUCUUUCCUGAAUGGCAGAGCUGGGGCCACAUAGAGACCACCCCCUACUGGAAUUCUCAGACAGAUGUUUACUUCCGGAUCUGUCUCAUACUCUUUUACCCCAUGCACCCAAAAACUGAACCUUUAACUUACACCCUGGUUCCCACGAUCCCGGCGCCCAGCCGGAUACCACCCGGGGCUCCUUUAUACACAGCACAGAGAAGCAGUCGGGAGGAACCAGGAGUUCCAAAGGGCUUUAAACCAGCAUCCAAAGGAGACUUUGAACGGAUCCACGAGAUGAGCUGACGGGCUUAAGAUUCAGUGCUUUCUCAGAAGCUCCCAAAGAUCCGUAAUCAGUUCAGCGCCUUACAAACGUUUUUUCCUCUGGUCUACAUGUUCUCCUUCUUCUUUUGGGUUUCACAGGACUUGGAUGACCUUCACGACCAUCCUUCUCUGGAGGACUCUGAAACACCAGCAUGGUUAAUGUAAGGGUUCCUGAGGAGGUGGUGCGGGGCUCACCUUUUUUGGGUUGUUUUAUAUGAACUGAAUUGCUUCUGUCGUCAGGACACAGCUUUGAGUGUCCUUAGUUCAUGAACUGUGCAUGACCGUGACGAUUGGUGGUGUGCUGUAACAGGUCAGAUUCAGGAAGCGUUUUAGCCGUUACAUCAGACGGCACGCAGAGGGCUUGUGACUCACUGCUAGUUAUUAUGAUGAUGGCAGGGUUCGUGGAGGCAGAGCUGUGGUCACCUGAGCUGCUGCUGGUUUAGCUGGCACACCUGUGGUCCGUCUCUGUUCAGACUGGUCGCUCUCUUAUCGGAGAUUUGUUUGUUGCAGUCGUUCGCUACUGCGUCGACUCGGACUCGCUGUAUGUCAUGUUAUGUCAGUGAGCUUAGACUAACCGGACUUCUCGCGGUCUGAGUCUGAACUUGUUUUGAUGCUGAGAUCUUGUAAUAUCUGACCUUUGACCUGUGACUUGGACCCUUCAGGGACUGGACCAGCUUCAGACAGAGCUGUGCCUUCACGUCUCCCUGUGGGGAUCCUGAGUUCCUGAAAAUGUUAGCUUCAGAGGCUAGUCCUUGAGCUAAAGUCACAUGACCUCAUACACGACCAAGUUCAAAGGUUAGCCUGAUGAUGCAAACUUGUCUGACGUCAAUGUCAAAACUGUGGCUCAUCUGUUACCGGGCAGAUUUCAGCCAUGUUUUUCCCCCUCACUGAUGUAGCUUUAAACAGUCAAAGGUCAGGAAAGCCUUGUCACGUUUAGUUGUUUCACUCUGACCCUCUGCUAUGGGUGGAGUCACGUGACCUUUCACUUCCUCUUUGCUCCUGAAACCUUUACUGAAUACUCCAGUGCUCUUACCUGUGUGUGUGUGUGUGUGUGUGUGUGUGUGUGUGUGUGUGUGUGUGCGUGCGUGUGUGUGGGGGAUGUGGGGACCAUGUGACAGGAAGUAAGCAGUAAGAGGGAAAUGUGUUUAAAGUGAACGAUGAUGAUGUCAAUACUGAUGGGCCCUUAAGUGUUUCCUGAAGGGCUUGUGCUGCGUUCAGGUGCUGUCAACCCUGAGGCUUGGAGUUUUUGUAUGAGCAACUGUAUCAGGGGGUGGGGGCACAGUCCUGAUGGUCCCUAACCACAGAACCCCGCCCUCAGCUCUGACUUAUGGUAUUUAACUUGGUUAGCUCGUGAGCUAACUAGCUGCUAGCACCGUAGCAAGGCUGUAACGUAAUGUGAAAUGUAAUGAUGUCUGUACCAGGAAGUGAUGUAAGCAGGGAGUGUUUGUCUGUUCCUAUUUUUGUGUAUCAUUUCAUAAUAAAAGUCUAACAUUUGUAAA